AUGCUUUCAUUUUCUGUAGGAAUUAAUAUGAAAGUGAAUGAAAAGAACCUGAUUGCUAUCGCUAAUGCACCAAAUUUGGUUGUCGAUAAGGAAGGCUGGCUCAGCAAAAAAGGGGAAAAUAGUAAGGGUUUCCAAAAACGUUGGUUUGUUCUAAAAGGAAAUCUUCUAUAUUAUUUUGAAAAGAGAACUGACAAAGAGCCAGCUGGAGUGGUCAUAGUUGAAGGAUGUACAGUAGAGUUGUCAGAAGAAGAUGAAGCAUAUAGCUUCAAUAUAAAAUUUCACGGACCAGGUGAUCGUACAUUUGUUUUGAGUGCAGAAAAUCAAGAAUUGAUGGAAGAAUGGAUGAAAGCAGUAACUUGUGCCAGCUAUGACUAUAUGAAAGUAAUGGUUACAGAAUUGCAAAAACAAGUGGAUGAGCUUACAGAGCUUGAACGGUUACGAAAACUUGGAUUCAACAGUGUGAUCGAUGGAUCUACACUACCACCUGUUGUACCUUCCAGACAACGUCACAACCCUUUUAACUUAGUGGAAAGAGAGGCCAAUAUUAAUGUUACAACCCGGAAAGUAAACAAAAAGCAAAACUUUUCUUCCAUUCAUAAUGAGUAUGGGCAACAAAUAAUUAGAGAAAGAGAUGUUUGGAAGAAAGAUAAGAAGUUGAAGGGAACUAGUGGAACCAGCACUAUUAGUGAAGAUGUCUUGGUUGUUUUAUAAAUAAUCAAGUUAGUUGUAAUAUUUGAAAUGAAAAUUGACUUAUGAAGUCAUAUUGCCUUCAUUUAUGAACUUUUAAAAAGCAUGCUAUUCUAUUUCUUAAAGGUUCUUUUUGAUCUCCUGAUAUACAGUGAUUCAUCUUCACUUUGUGGCCUCCAAUUCAUAUGUUUUGAAUCAUUGCAUUCCCAUGUUUCCCAUUUAAGGCUGUUAACUAUAUAUGAAUAGAUUUUCAACUUACAAUACACAAGAAAGUAAGAUGUUUA